CGCGGUUGACCAAAAUGAAAUUAUUCAUUAUGCCAAAAGUAAUCAAAUCAUUUGCCAAGUUUCAUUUGAUUGUCCCCAGUGGAAAAUCAUUGAAUCACGAGUGAAAUGGACACAAAAAUGGUUUAACAUGGAUGGAGUUUCACUCAUCGUCAAUCUAUUUAAAAAUCCGAUAUUAAAAUCGUUGAAAAACAAUCGAAAUGUUUGUAUGUCACAUAAAGGUCUUGAUACAAUGUAUUACACAGAUAUGAAUGGAAAGAAGCAUCCGGAUCCUUACGUCGGUGUGACAACGAUUUAUUGUUUGAAUGAAGAUGGAACGAGAAUAUUCUUUGCAGAUCCCUGGCUACAAAACAAAUUUCACAAUGAGUUAACAACCCCAGAAGAUGGACAAUUCAUUGCCGAGUCGAUGGCAACAAGUGGCUCGACUUUAUUUCUUCUACAACGAGCAAAAAAUGAAUUCGGACAAGAAAUUAAUAAAAUGUACACACGAUUUGCUGAUUUUGAUUCAAUUGGAUCAAAUCCAGCAUUGACGUCGACUUAUAAUCGAACGAAUUACGUUCCACUUGUUCGUUUUCUUCCACCCGAAGAUUGGAUUCAACAACCAGCGAUAAAUCUUCAAGGAAACGCUCGUUUGACGAAAAAUAUCUCUGUCUUUCAAAUCGGAUGGGGACAAAAUAAUCGACAACUACGAGUGCAAGGAACAGAUUCCGAUGGCAAUGUUGGAUUCUAUUCUAAGAAUAUUUACGAAAACCAAUGGAAGUUUCAAUUGACCAAUAACAUCGAAAUAUCUGAAGAGGAAUUCUUAUCGGAAUCAAUUCCGUAUAUUGGAUUUGCAAAAGGUCCACAGAUAUGUUUUGAUUAUACAAAUGGCGAAUUCCGUUCGAAUUUGAAAGAGAUCCACUUUGAAAAUAUCAUUUUGGAGAAGUUUUCACAUCGUGGACUUAAUGAACGAGGCUUGCAUACGAAACUGAUUUUAGUAUUAAGCUCAACUCUUCCGAUGUCAAUUCCAUUAUACGCACGACGAGGUUGGAAAAGUUUAUUAGGUUUAUCGAAAUCAAACAUUUGGAAAUUGGUCAUUCCGUUCGAAUAUUUUCAAAGUGACGAUCGUGAAAUUCAAUUGGUCUUAGAAAAAAUUUUCGCAAACCGAUUUCGACAUAAUGUUCAUGUGUAUGAAUCGAAACAACAAAUUGAUGAAGAGAAAAAGAAAAUGUUACAAAGCUAUCGAAAUCAAGGAAUCAACACUGUAGUUUGUUUGUUAACUGGUCAUGAUCAAGAAAUUCUUCUCCAUGGACAAAAAUCUCUCAUCGACGCAUCGAAAAAAGUGAGUGUAAAACGAUUUACCACAUCUGACUAUGAAACUGAUUUGUUGAAUAUCAAAAUUGAUUUGAAACAGGAAAUAAUCAAAUCAUUUGUUCCUCGAAACAAGAAAUUUCCACGACAUAUCCCGAUGAUGUUGCAAGCAAGUUUUAUAGCAAGAUUUACAGAAAUUCAUCAGGUUGCUCAAAAAGUCACUGGACAAUUAAUGUCAAAUCAUUUCAAAACUGGCGUUUUCAUCAAUGAAUCUCUAACUAAAACAACAAUUCUAAGACCAACCUGGAUUGAUAUUGAUCUUGAUCUUGUUCGAGUUAAUGUUCAAACUCUGAAGAAGUACGUCGGUGAUCCAGUUCAUCUAAUAGCAAUUGUAAACGCCAAUGCAUAUGGAUACGGCAUCAUGUUCCUUGAAAUUAUUCCAAAUCGUACCGAAAAACUAAUUCACUGUUCAAAUUCAGGUGCCACACUUUUCCAACCUGAAAAACCUUUCUACAACAUGGUACGCUGUGGUAACGCAUUGACAAGUCCACCCAAUGAACUCUUGAAUGAUUUCUUAUUGAUAAAGCUCCAAUCUGUUAUUUCUCUUCGUUCUGUUCUAAGUUUCGUUAAAAAGGUCGAAGCUGGCGAAAAGAUAGACUAUGGAGAUGCAUAUACGACAACAAAGAAACAAUGGAUUAGUACCAUUCCUAUGGGAUUUGGUGAUGGAUGGCAUCAAAAUUUGAAACCGACAGGUGUUUUUGUCGAAGGACAACGAAUGGAAAUUGGCGGACGAAUUCCAAUGGUUCAAAUGAUGAUUGCUCUUGAUCUUGAGUAUCCUGUCGGAACUCGUGUUACUUUUAUUGGUCAGCAAGGAAAUGUGACAAUAUCAGGAGAUGAAAUUACCGGUAUUGCAAAAAUGCCUCGAUCGGGAAUUUUCAGCGUAAUAUUAAAUCGUGUGCCACUUGUGUAUAGAGAAAGUAGCACAAUUACCUCUUUCGGUCAUCGAAACUUUUUACAAUGCUGA